CUCGAACUCCAUGUCGGGUAGAACCUCGUCACAACGGUCCCACCACUCGCUUCCAAUUUAAACCGCACGAUGGCGGAAGCUUCAACAUCUUCAGGACCUUAUCCAAAGAAAGUCACGUACUGCGGGGUCUGCAGCCUUCCGCCUGAAUACUGUGAAUUUGGAGGCACAGUCAGGAAGUGCGAAGAAUGGCUCAAACAGCAUCAUCCAGAUAUGCAUGAGAAGCUGUAUUCACAAGAGGCAAUCGAACAAAAUUUAUCAACACUCUCGCUCGAAGCCCAAAAACGCGCGGAGAAAGACUCGCAAAAGAAAGCGGCCAAAGCAGCGUCCGCCGAAGCCAAGGCGGAGGAGCUGCGUGCCACUUCGAAAGUUCUGAUUAAGCGGAUCGAGCGGAAUAAACGCAAAUAUGUCACGGCUGUGCAAGGUUUGGAAGCCUUCGGAUUGGACAUUAAGAAGGUAGCAAAGGACUUUGGAAAGAAAUUUGCCACGGGAAGCAGUGUGACUAAGGUUCCUGGAGGCGGGGAAGAGAUCACGGUGCAAGGUGAUCUGAGCGAUGACAUCUACGAUUAUGUGGUUGAGACGUAUCCCAACAUUCCAGAGGACAAUGUGGAUUGCAUUGAGGACAAGAAGAAGAAGACGGCAGUUUGAAGCCAAGGGUAGCAACCCGCUGAUCCGGGGAAGAAGCGGGACUUUAGGCAGGCAGUGACCGCUGAUUCUGGUAGCGAGUCCGGUCUGAGUGACAAGCAGCGAUCUAAGGCAACGGCAACUGUGUCAGUCUGAAAGAAUUGCAGCCUGGGAGGGCAGAUAGCAACCCAGGGGGCAAUGUGGUAGAGCAUUGCGCCGUGGGACUAAAAUGAUAGAU